AAGAGAGUUUUUCGUCGCGCUUUGUUGUUUUUUCGUUUCGCGAGUGAAAAUUGUUGAUUUUUCCGUGGAAAGUGCGCCGUUUUCCGGAUGAUUUUCGGCUGAGCAGGUUCCGAGCAGCACGACGCCGGUCGAAAUGGAUUACGUUUACAUGAGCGGCGAUCCGGGGAACCGGGCCGAGGACAUUAUCACGCUGACAAUGUACGACAAUCCGGAGAUUGAUUACGGCACGUUCAACAUUGGGUUUGGGGAGCCGGAGCUGAUGGAACAUGGGAUGAUACUGGCGGACGGUGGGGAUCGGUUCGGGGUGUCCGCGAUGGCGUUUGAUUCGCGCGAGGAGCUUGUGUGGAUGGGGAACCAGGGUGGCCACGUAACUUCUUACUGCGGUGGAACGAUGCAAAAGUACACUUCGUUCCAGGUGCACGCAAAUGAAAUGGUUCGACAGAUAUUUACGAUUGAUUCCGGAAUUUUGGCGUUGACCAGCACCACGCUGAGACACCAGAUUCGACGUGGCAUUCCGAAGUUUACUUAUCGUUCGGAGAAGGCGGUCGAUAUGGUGUGUAUGAUUGAACAUCAGCCGAAUAGGAACAGGAUGCUUCUUGGGGGUCAUCAGAGCGAGUUGAUCGAUUUCGACGUGGCCACGUACAGUGAGGUGGGUUCCGUUCCGGCCGGACAGAAUGGGUGUGCAAUUUUGCGACUGCACUCGCGUUAUCUGUGCGAGGGAGAUCCUUUCGGGAAGAUUACUCUUCGUGACCCGAAUAGUUUGUCUGCGGAACAUGAGCUGCUGACCCACUCGGGUAGUCUGUCCGACUUUGACGUUCAGGGGAAUUAUCUGAUCUCGUGUGGGUUUAGUGGACGGCAGGGAAAUUUGGCAAUCGACCGAUUUCUGAUGGUUUACGAUAUGCGGAUGUUGCGACUGGUUUCACCAAUCCAAUGCCUAGUGGAACCUCAGCUUAUGCGAUUCUUGCCGUCGCACACUGACCGACUGGCCGUAGUUUCUCCAUUGGGUCAGUUGCAACUGGUGGACACUGUGGAACUCAGCGAGCCCAGAGUUUGCAUGUUCCAGAUCAACACCAGUGGCAGCCAAUGUCUGACCUUCGACAUCAGCUCGUCCAGCCAAGCGAUGGCAUUCGGGGACCAAUCCGGUCACAUCAACUUGGUAGCCGCCGUCAAAAUAAACACACCAGCACUGCAGUUCAAUCCAUUUUCAAGAGAAACUGAAUUCGCCGACACAGUUGAACCGCUGCCAAUGGUGUCCAUCACCGAUAAGAACUUCCCACUAUCGUCGAUACUGCUUCCACAUCUGACCACCGGAACACGUUGGCUAAGCGAUUGGCCCGAAUUCAUGAACAGUUACGAGUAUCUUAAGCCGAAAGCUAUCCCGUCGGAAAUCAACUCCACGAUGAAGAUGCAAGGACCAAUCGGUUACGCUCCAAACCCGAAGACUUCCCUGCGCAAUCAGAUCCCGUACAUGAUGGACAAGAGCUCUGCCUCAAACACGAACGCCACUCCGGUUAGCAGCUCCCAAAAGGGCACCACGGAACAGGGAAUGAAGCUGGUCCCCCGUCGGUACCGCAAGGUCGAGGUCAAGUACAGCAAACUCGGCUUCGAGGAGUUUGAUUUUGAAUCUUACAACCAGACAGGAUUUGUCGGCUUGGAAGCCAACCUCCCGAACGCCUACUGCAACGCCAUGCUGCAGUCCCUGUACUUUAUCGUUCCGCUGCGGAAGGCCAUCCUGUCGCACUGCUGCUCGAAGGAGUUUUGUCUCGCCUGCGAGCUGGGCUUUCUGUUUCACAUGCUCGAUCUUGGCUUCUCCAAUCAACCAUGCCAGGCCAGCAAUUUCCUGCGUUCGUUCCGUACCGUACCGGAAGCGGCCGCCCUCGGAUUAAUCCUUUCCUCUGAUCGGAGCAACAACGCUAGCCUAAAUCUCUGCAGCUUGAUUCAAAACUGGAACCGAUUCAUUCUCCACCAAAUGCACUACGAACUGCUGGAAGCGAUCAAGAAGAACGAAGCCACAACUGGAAUCCCGCAAGACUGCCAAGAAAUGCUCGACAGCGAAGUCCAACAGUACAACUCACAAAACGAAAAGUUCCAAUUCCUCGAAGCCAGCAACGAUUCCGACCCGGCGACGACAACCCCCGAAUCACCCGAUCCGGUUCCCUCCCCCGGAGUAGGAGGAGGAACCGCCCAAAACAAGGAAACCGAAACCGAAAUCAGCCGUCUCUUCGGAACGCAGCAAAAAACGAUCCAACGCUGUCUCAAGUGCAACGUCGAGCGCGUCAAAAAGAACAUCCUGCUCGUGUGCAACAUGCUCUACCCGACCGGCUCCGGCACCGGUUCCGCGCCACAGCGCCACAUCGAGGGCACGUUCGCUUCGAUCCUGAAAAACUCCCUAACCGUGGAGAAAACAACGCCGGCAUGGUGCGAAAAGUGCAACAAAUUCACCCCCACAAACCAGAAGAGCCGCGUGGCCGACCUGCCGGAAAUACUCUCCAUCAACUGUGGCCUCGAGACGGACAAGGAGCUCGAGUACUUGAAGCGCCAGAUGGUGCGAUCGUCGGCGCAGGUCACGGGGGUCACCGCGGGUGGUGCGGGUACGGGAGGGACGACGGCGGCCACUGAAGGGGGCGAUACGCGCAACGGAAACGGCAAGAUGUGCCGCUACGGGAUGAACUGUUCCCGCGUGGAUUGCCACUUUUCACAUCCGAGAAAAUCUUCCCCGAUCGUAAUCACAAGUGCAAGUCAGGUUCAGCCCAAGUCCUGGUUCCCACUGAGCUUCCGGAUGACCCUAGACGAGCAGGACAAUUUGGAAGUUGGUUCUCUGAAGGGCGCUUCGAGCAGUGUCAGCUACAGCGACGAUAACGAGUCCGAACAGGAGGUCAAACCCUUCCGGAGAUCCAAGCGGUACAGCCUGUCGGCGGCCGUUUGCUACAUCAACGACGGUGCCCAGCGCAACUUGGUGGCGCUGAUCCACGUGCCCAAGAGCUAUCACGAUCUGAAGCAGAAUCGCGGUGGAGAGUCCAGCACCGGAAUCUCCGGAGUUGACUUCACCGACGGAAGUUGGUACAUCUUCAACGACUUUAGUAUUUCACCGGUGUCGGUGCAGGAGGCGGUUUGGUUCACGCUCGACUGGAAGGUGCCCUGCGUGCUGUUUUACACGAGUACGACGUUGAAAAAUGAAGAAGACGAAAACAAGGACAGCCUCAACCAUCCAACUCCCUUCACCAACGACCUGUUCUUUGCCGAUCAGAACACCGAUGAAAUCGCGGACAAAAACUUCAAACCACUGACACCGGACGAGAUCUUCCAAGCAGGAGACCUGGUGGCCAUGGACGCCGAAUUCGUCACGCUAAACCCGGAAGAGAGCGAAAUCCGCUCCGACGGGAAAAUGUCCACCGUAAAGCCAAGCCACAUGAGCGUCGCCCGGAUCACGUGCAUCCGUGGCCAAGGUAAAGACGAAGCAGUUCCCUUCGUCGACGAUUACAUCUCAACCCAGGAACAGGUCGUCGACUAUCUCACCAAGUUCUCCGGCAUCAAACCGGGCGACCUGGACGCGAACUUCAGCAACAAACGACUAACAACCCUAAAGAACUCCUACCAAAAGCUGCGCUACCUCGUCGAUAGCGGAGUCAUCUUCGUGGGUCACGGCCUGAAAAACGACUUCCGCGUCAUCAACAUUAUCGUCCCGCCGGAGCAGAUCGUGGACACGGUUCAUCUGUUCCAUCUGCCCCACCACCGGAUGGUUUCGUUGCGCUUCCUGGCGUGGCAGUUUCUGGGCAUUAAAAUUCAGUCCGAGACGCACGACUCCGUGGAGGACGCCCGCACGGCGCUGCAGCUGUACAAACACUACCUGAAGCUGAACGCCAAGGACGAGUUUACGAUGGCGCUGUCCCAGCUGUACGAAACGGGCAAGAAGCUGCAGUGGAAGGUGCCGGAUUGAGGGGAGUUCGAUUAUGCUUUUGGGUUGUUUUUUUUUUGGAAUAUAGUAUCAUUAAAUCUUUAUUUUUUACUUCAUCACCGGAAUUGUCCAACAUAUGAUAUAUUUUUGUACUACGCACUGUCAUGUUAUUCAUCAUUCAUAAAAAAAUAUAUAUUUAAAAAAAAACUUGCAAAAAAUGUCUCAAUAAAUGCAACAUCUUAUCAUGUCAAGUGAUGAUUGUGUACAACAAA